GAUCAUUCUUGGAAGCAUGAACGUCGUGGCGACGUCCAUCUCGGGGCGCAGCGUGCAGAUGGUCGUGAGCGACGCGGGCGACCAGGUCGUGUGCGUUGAGCGCUCCUUCGCCGCCCUCGAAGGCCUCCACGCGAGCCUCGUCACCGCUUGCGACAGCAUCCCGAGCUUCCCGCUCUUCCCGGGCAUGCCCACGGACGCUGCGCUCACGCACCUCUGCGCCGAGCUCAACGACUACUUUGCACAUGGGUCUGUGAAGGCGAGCGCCGAGCUCCACGCGCUCCUGGCCGACGACCUAUGCCAUGGCACGGGGCACAUGACCGCGAUCGACUUUCUCCUGCAGCCCUUCGAGUACGAAAAGGUGGUCAUUCCGCGCGGCUCCAAGCACGACGUGCAGCUGCAAGUGACCAACAGCAGCCAAGUGUUGGUGUGGAAGUUUGAGGUCGAAGACUUUGACAUUGACUUCAACGCCGACUUUCACGUGCCCACGCCCAUGUACACAGAGGUCUUCCACGCGACGACGCGGUACCAAACCACCGUCAAGCCCGUCGAAGGCAUGUACCGCUGCCCAAAGCCGGGCGUGCUUACGCUCUCAUGGGACAACACGUACUCUCGCCUCCGCGGAAAGACCGUGCAUUUCGUCGCCCACGUGGUCGAGAAGAGCUCGAUGGAGUCGGCGCUUCUCGCCGCCGACGCCUUGACCCACGCGCUGCAAAAUGGACCAACGAGCAACUUUCUGCACAAGAAGGCGCUGCCAACACCAACACCCAUGUCGUCGCCGGCACUCGCGUCGCUUCUACCGCGCUACGCCCUCAGCAGCAUGCCAUCCUUGGACCUCAAUGGCCACUGGCUCGUGUCCGGCCUUGUGAGCACCACCAUGGCGACCGCCUCCAAGCUCUUUGGGUCGCGACCAGCGCUGCCACCGGCCGCCGCGCCGCCAGCGACCAAGGAUGGCGAGCCCGACUCGAUUGGCAAUAGCCUCAUGGAAGAGCUCAAUGGCCUCAACAUGCAGCUUCUUCAGCGCGUGGAGUCGCUCGAAGAUGCACUUGCGCGGCUUGCAGUCGAGCGCGACCAGGCGCUCUCCCGCGUGCAAAUGGCCACAGCACGACACGAAUCGGAGGCGGCAGUAUCGCAAGAGAAGGACGGGCGUCUCGAAGCCCUCCAGAGCGAAAUCGACCGACUGCGGCGGGAGCGACAGCAGUGGCCCGCAAUCCAAGCCGAACGGGACGCACUCUUGCUGGAGAAGCACCGCUGGGCGAUGAUUGACGAGUUUGAUACGUACGUUGACCCGCAAGACGACGCGGGUCGAGGGGAUGUAUCGCCGCCGUCGUCACCAACGUCCCAGAAACUCUCGGACGACGCGCGAAUGGCGCUCGAGAAAGAGCUCGGCCAAGCCGAAGUCGCGCUCAUCCGGCUGCGCGCGCAGCUCGGCUACUCGUUGCAGCAAGUGAUCCCCAACACACGCAUCGAGCAGCUGGCCAAGGACCUCGCCGUCGCCAAGACCGAGUACGACGCCGAGCUGAUCGAGCACCGCAACACAAUCCAAGAUCUCAACCAGCAGAUUCUCAAGUACCGCAGCCACAAGAAGGUGCUCGUGACUGAACUUCGCAACGUCAAACGCCAGACCGACGGCCAAGUCGCAGUCGCCCUCGCCGAAGCCCACGAAGCCCGCAUGGUCAACACGCGCCUCAAGCGGCAAAACGAGCUGCUCCUGAGUCAAAUGCGAUCUCUUGUCGAUGCGACGGCGCCUGUCGCGACGCCCGCGCCAGUCGAUGUGCCGACAACGCUGACGGCCCAAGACCUGGCGAUGCUCAAUGGCGAGCCGUAUACACCGGCGACGGCGAAGGCGACGACGGCAACACAGCGCGCGAAUCUUCGCCCGAACCCGUUCCGAGAAAAAUUGACGGCGUUCUUCACAGAGUACGACCCGGCGCAGCUGGAGCACGUGGAAGAGAUGCUCGAGAGCUACCGCGGGGUCGAGGCGUCGCUGCUCGAGUCACUCGAGCUCAAGUACCGCUUCCAGGAACUCAACGCCGCGUACCAGGGCGAGCUCAUGUAAAGUCAACUUGAUAGUUUUCGCUUGCAAUGAAUAUCCGGAUACGUACACCAUUCAUGUAUAUAACCCAAG